UUUCUUCACGUACUGUUACCGUUGCUCUCUUUGUUCCCCUCGGCACAUACAUUCGUCUUGGAACAGCGAGCAUGUGUUCCUUCUGACAUUGGUCUGGUCAAACAACAAGUCCAGCAUCCUGACUACUUCUGCACCUGGUAUCUGAGCGAGACCCGGUCACCGCUCCCGAAGAUAGAUCCAGAUGCACUUUUGGGAGCAUGCAAAUGCAUCAUCAAUGCUGCCCAGUCCGGAACCUGGUCCCGAGAUAAGAAAGCGAUCCAGGACGCUGCGAGAAUGCAAAGUUUUGUGCCUGCUGGAUGUCCUUCUUCAGCGUCUAACUUUAUCAAGAAUGAGUUUAAGGAUUCUGUCGACUUCUGUCAUUUCUGGCAAUAUAUGUAA